AGUGAAACUGGCAGGGGCACAGCCUGCCCUCUCCUUGGGCCAUGCACCCACAAACACCUCUCUGAGCCUCAGCAGGUGUCUCAUCAGUGGGAGAGGCAGUUUCCACCCUGGCCAGCUGACCCUCAGCAUUUGGAGAUGCUCUCCUGUCCCAGCAGCUGCCCCUCAGCCUCUCUGCCUGCCUGCAUGCUUCUUCCCUCAGCAGAUGAGCUGCUAGAAAGCUCCUGAAUUACUGGACAUACAGACCCAUCCUCAGCAAUUCCAUAAAAACAGACAAUCGCAGUAGAAGAUGAUGCAAGAAAGAUAUCCAGAGACAGGAACUGAGUUUCAUUUGUAUUGGCCAAGUAGAAAGUAAUUAGUAGGUUAUGACUUUUGUGGGAUGGGUUCCUCCUUUUGUUUAGAAUGAGUCCCAGUGGAGCAGCAUCAGUUUCUUUGGAACUGGAAAAUGCAUGUGACCUGCAUGGCUCUUGCUUGGCUUUAGCUGGAAGUGAGCAGAGUGAUUCCUGCAGAAAACCCUGCCAAGGCAAUUUUACUUCUGAGCAGAAUGGGGUAAGAAAAGAUUUAUUAUGAUUGAAGAAUGAUUCAAGGGGAGGUGGACACAAUUAGGCAUAUUCCUGAAACUCUGGUGGAAGUUUCCAAUGGAAUUUAAGAAGUCAGGGGAAGUUCCUCUGUCAUAUUAUUGGACCUUUCUCAUAAAGAUAAAGACAGGAAAAUACAUUGUGUAAGUAACUGUUUAUAAACGGUAUACGAGGAUUCACAGCCAGAGCAAAAAGCCUGCAUGCGAGGAGAGCAUCCAGCAUGAGAGCUGGGAGGCUGUGAGCCACGCUCCUGCUCAGCCCCCGUGGGACCUCAUCACACCUCAUCCCUCCUCUGUCUCCCAGCCACCAGCGUGGGCACUGCCACAUGGACAUGGGCACUGCUGUGGGUCUGCAACCUGCUGGGAGGACACGGACUCUGGGCUCUCGUGGCAUCUACCUGGGCAUCGCUGCCAUCACAUGGGGCAUGGUGCUGUGGAAGGAGGUGGGUGCCUGGAAGUACUACUACAGUGACCGAGGGGACUACACGUGGGACCAAGCCAGGAAUUACUGCCAGACCUUCUUUACCGACCUGGUGGCGAUCCAGAACAAGGCGGAGAUCGAGUACCUCAACGAGAACCUGCCCCGCCAUGGGAGCUACUACUGGAUCGGCAUCCGCAAGCUGGGAGGCAUCUGGACCUGGGUGGGCACCAGGAAGGUUCUGACAAAGGAGGCAGAGAACUGGGCAGCUGGGGAGCCCAACAACCGCCGCUCCAACCAGGACUGCGUGGAGAUCUACAUCAAGCGGAAGGACCAGUCGGGCAAAUGGAACGACGAGCCCUGCAGCCGGAAAAAAAAGGCGCUGUGUUACAAGGCCUCCUGCCAGCCCUCCUCAUGCAGCCAGCGCGGCGAGUGCGUGGAGACCAUCGGGAGCUACCGCUGCGAGUGCUACCCCGGCUUCCACGGCCCUGAGUGCGAGUAUGUUGUGCAGUGUGCUGAGCUGAAGCCCAAGGGAGUGCACAUGAACUGCAGCCAUCCCUAUGGAAACUUCAGCUACAACUCCACCUGCGUGUUUGGGUGCCAGGAGGGGUUCAAGCAGCAAGGCAUGGGAACGCUGCGGUGCCUGCCUUCCCAGCAGUGGUCAGCAGACAUCCCUGUCUGCACAGCCAUCACCUGCCCGGUGCUCAGUGCUCCAGACUGGGGAGAGCUGAACUGCUCCCACCUGCACGGAGACUUCUCCUUUGGCUCCACGUGUGCCUUCUCCUGCCAGACGGGGUUUGCACUCAUGGGGUCAGAGAGCCGCAAGUGCACAGCCAUGGGGACGUGGACAGGGGAUGCCCCACGUUGUGAAGCCAUUUCCUGCCCAGUGCUCAGUGCUCCAGACUGGGGAGAACUGAACUGCUCCCAUCUCCAUGGCAAUUUCACCUUUGGCUCCACGUGUGCCUUCUCCUGCCAGACGGGGUUUGUGCUGAUGGGGCCAGAGCAUCGUGAGUGCACGGCCAUGGGGACCUGGACUGGAGACAUCCCACGCUGUGAAGCUGUCACCUGCCCUGUGCUCAAGGCACCAGACCAAGGAGAGCUGAACUGCUCCCAUCUCCACAGGAACUUCACCUUUGGUUCUUCAUGUGCCUUCUCCUGCCAGAAAGGGUUUGUGCUGAUGGGGCCAGACAUCUCUGAGUGCAUGGCCACAGGGACCUGGUCUGAAGACACUCCACGCUGUGAAGCUACUGCCUGUCCAGUGAUCAGUGCUCCAGGCUGGGGAGAGCUGAAUUGCUCCCAUCUCCAUGGGAACUUCACCUUUGGCUCCACGUGUGUCUUCUCCUGCCAGACGGGAUUUGUGCUGAAGGGGUCAGAGACCCGUGAGUGCAUGGCCACGGGGACCUGGACUGGGGACACCCCACAGUGCAAAGCCAUCACCUGCCCAGUGCUCAGUGCUCCAGACCAGGGAGAGCUGAACUGCUCCCACGUCCAUGGAGACUUUGCCUUCAGCACCAUAUGUGCCUUCUCCUGCCAGACGGGGUUUGCACUGAUUGGGCCAGAGAGCCGUGAGUGCAUGGCCACAGGGACAUGGACAGGGGAUGCAACACAAUGUGAAGCCAUUACCUGCCCGGUGCUCAGUGCUCCAGACCAGGGAGAGCUGAACUGCUCCCACAUCCACGGAGACUUCUCCUUUGGCUCCACAUGUGCCUUCUCCUGCCAGAUGGGUUUUGCACUCAUGGGGUCAGAGAGCCGCAAGUGCACAGCCAUGGGGACGUGGACAGGGGAUGCCCCACGUUGUGAAGCCAUUUCCUGCCCAGUGCUCAGUGCUCCAGACUGGGGAGAACUGAACUGCUCCCACCUGCACGGAGACUUCUCCUUUGGCUCCACGUGUGCCUUCUCCUGCCAGACGGGGUUUGUGCUGGUGGGGCCAGAGCAUCGUGAGUGCAUGGCCAUGGGGACAUGGACGGCGCAUGCCCCACGCUGUGAAGCCAUCAAAUGCUCAGCAGUGACCACUCCCAAGAUGGGCCAGGCUGUCUGCUCCCACCCGCUUGGGGACUUCACCUUUGGCUCCACGUGUGCCUUCUCCUGCCAGAAAGGGUUUGUGCUGAUGGGGCCAGGAAGCCGCAAGUGCACAGCCAUGGGGACCUGGACUGGGGACACCCCACAGUGCAAAGCCAUCAGCUGCCCAGUGCUGGGCCCCCCCAGCAGAGGCCAGCUGAGCUGCUCUCACACACAUGGGAACUUCACCUACAACUCCACAUGCACCUUUUCCUGUGAGGAGGGCUUUGUUCGGAUGGGAGCAGAGGUGCUCCGGUGUGAGGCCACAGGGAACUGGACCAGGCAUCCUCCUGUCUGUACAGAGGAUGGUGCCUUCUUAAAGCAAGUCCUGGCUUACAGCAGUGGCACAGCCCUGACAGUAGCUGGUCUUGUGCUCUCUGGGGGGCUCAUUGCCAUCCUUGUCAAGCGCCUCAGUGACAGAGAGGAGAAGAAGAAGCUCCUGAACCCCACCAGUGACUUAGGAUCACCAGGCACCUUCAGCAAUGCAGCGUAUGAUGCCAACCUGUGAGCCUGCCCACGACUGAACCCCACCAUGUCCUCCAGUGCUGCACGCCCAGCAGGAGCUGCUGCUGGGGCCCAGAGGGAAUCCAUGCCUGAAGCUGCAGCCUGGACCAGUGCUGCCUGUGGAGACUGUGCCCAUGCUGCAUGUACCACCUGGAGGGGAAGCUGCAUCCAGGAAAGGUGGCCAAGAGACCUGUCUGGGGCCUUGAGCCACUGUCUCAUGUGGGCAGUGUGCUGCUUGGCCUGUGGACAUUCCCUGUAGGGAAUUUGGACAUUCCUCUUCAGCUGCCCCACUCGUGCUUCCAGGGACAGGCUUAUGUCAGCAGGGCCCAAAUA